AUCUUAUUUUCGGGGUAGGGCUUAUUUUCGGGGAACCACUGUAUUAUGGUGUGUAAGGAAGAUAUAAAGGGUGUACUGCCUAAUAUCAGACUGACUCUGGUAAAGGGUGCAGAAGGAUUUGUACAACACCAGAGAAGUCUUGUAGGAUGGAGUUCAGUCAUGUUACACGUCUUGGCUCAGAUUUCUGCUGACGUUCCCAAACCUCCGUCUAUAAAAAUGAGUGACUAUAUAAAACCUAUAAUAAUAGGUGAGCGGCGUGACGCAAUGAUGUGCGAGGUCGGCUCUCCAGCCAUAGAGACGUAUGGGAAGCGGUCACAGAGGUGUCAGGGGAGAAGAUCUCAGGCACUCCUAGGACAUGUUAUACAACAAUCACACCCGACACUCCGCCACAAUUUAUCUCACUUUUUGGGACUUUUUAAAUUUAUGUUAAUGAGGUGGGCGGGGCUUUUACAACUUUACACUGUGCCGAGUGAUCUCUUUCUUUUUAUUCCUCUCCAGCGACUCGCCAAGAUGAAGGUGCUGAUCUCCUGUCUGCUGGCUUCUGCGUGUCUCUUAGUCCCAGCCUCCACCGAAAACCAAAUCCAGUGCUAUUUCUGCUAUAAUCCGACAGAUAUUCAUUCCUGCAACCUGAUCAAGACCUGUCCAGUGAACUACACUUUCUGUAGGACCGUCAAAUUGAGUCCAAACACGGGCUUCCCCUUCGGUUCAUCAACACUGAUGGUCACCAGGGACUGCGUUGAAAACUGUCAAAACAGCGACAUGGCAGAAUUGGGGUCAGAAACGGAAGUCUAUUGCUGCCAAGGCAAUCUGUGUAACAAUCGGCAUGGAGUUCUCCCAACCUGCGCCAACCACCAGGGGGCAUCGCCCUACCACCUGCAGAGCGGAGCACAAGGGGGACUCAUCGUGGGCUUCAGUCUGUUCAUUGUUCUCUUCCCUUCGUGGGUCUGGUGACAUUUUCUGCUCUCCCCGGAGCGCCACCUAAAGGACUAUAUCUCUUCUCACCAAUGGACUGUUCUCCUCCAUUAUUAUUUUUUUUGAAAAUUGUUUUUAUUUGAUUUUUUUUUAAAGCAUUUAUACAUUUAUAUGACCAGUACAACCAGAAAAAUGUUCACCUGUGCCUAGUACAGCAGGGUCCUCAUCCUAGACUUAGAGACAGAGGAGGCACAAAAUGUAGCCUUAAAUGCAGGGCCGCCAUCAGGGGGGUACAGGCAGUACACCUGUAAGGGGCCUGGAGGUCCCCAGGGGCCC